CAACCACCAGACGUAACUAAAUAUCUUUCUCUCCAACUUCCCUCCUGUGAGCCACACGGCAGCAGCCUCCUCUUCUUCCACUGCCUCUCUCUCUUCUCUUCCUCAGCGCAAAGACCAAAUGGCGGCCAUGGCUUCCAGUUCUUUCUCCUGUCGCAGGGUGCGGGGUGGCUUCGCUCAUCGGAUAAUGUGCAGAAAGAAGGAGAGGGACAGGGAUCAUCACCACCCUUUCGAGGUAGUCGAGAUCACCCCGCCGCCGAGGAGCCUCGGCGUCCGCUGCUUUCCCUCGGAACUCCAAAUGAUGAGGAUGACGAUGUUGGGCAAUUGGCAGGUGCGGGGUGGCUUCGCUCAUCGGAUAAUGUGCAGAAAGAAGGAGAGGGACAGGGAUCAUCACCACCCUUUCGAGGUAGUCGAGAUCACCCCGCCGCCGAGGAGCCUCGGCGUCCGCUGCUUUCCCUCGAACAUACACUGCGGAGAGAGUGUGACAAUAGAAGGCCAGACAUACACAGUUUCUGCUGUGACUCACAGGUACCAGCUGCGCAAAGGAAAAUAUGAACCAAGGGAGAAGAGGCUUGAUGUGCAGUCAACCAGCAGAUACAUUUUGAACUUGUACUUGGAGAACCUGCUUGAGCAAUCUUGAUGUCCAAUGGAAAAAAGGGUAAUCCCAUGAUGAGUGACCACAAAUGAAAACCCAUCUUGAUUUGAUUUACCAAAAAUUUGUAUGAUAGUUUCCUUUAAUUGGAUGUAGAGUGGAACAUGUGAACAUGUAGAUUCAGACAGAUUUCACAUUGCCUUGCUGCUUGUUCA